AUGAAUGUAGCAUCGUCGUCUCCAUCGUCUCGUAAACAGAAACGUCUUGGUCCUGCACCAAUUGCCUCUAUGGAAGACACUACGGCAGAAGAGAAAGCACAGAUGGAGCAACAAAACCAUCACAAUCUGCCACGGUGGUCACAGGAAAAGUGCUCCAUCGAUUCAGCCCGUGGCUCGCCGACCAAAACCUUUGAAUGCGCAUCGGCGCUAAUACCGGCAACUCCACGUAUAGACAUUAGUCGAGCCUCUUCUCACUCAUCCCAUCACGACAGUAGAGACAGCAGUCCCGAAAAUGUCUUCGAACAGGUCGGUACUGGCACAUUGCAAGACUCAGGCGUGCUCGGCUUUCGUGAGGAAGACACACUUGACUUGCGGAAUUCCACCGAGGAACUGCAGUUUAUGGAACCGGAAAAGGGAAAUCGAGAGAAAGAGAAACCCAAUACGCAAAUUACAUACGGAUCCUGUCCAACCCAACGUUACUCGCCAAUCAUAUGGAAGUUGGAAGAACAAACAACGCAACCGCAAUACCAGUUCCAGCAGCAACAGCAACACAACCGUAAAGAUUCAGCCAGUUCUGAGGUGGUGGCAUUUCUUUCUAUUUCUGGACGUACUAGUCGCCUAUCAAGUGUGGGCAGCCAGGGAUCAGCAAACAGCAAACUGUCCGCUACGUCAGCAGUGUCUGGAAUAUCGCGUUCACCUUCACCUCACAAGAUGCUGUUAGAGACAUCAUUUUGUGGCGCGAAGCCCAUGCAGGCAUAUUCCGAGAGUGGAAUUGUAGGAAGCAGUCUUGAGCCAUCCACAGAGAAAAUGCUAGAACAAGUAAUACUGUCCCGUAAGAAAGACCCAACAGAAGCAGUUUUGGCAGAAGGUAUACACAUGAAUACAUUCACUGCAAUGGCUGCAAACUCCACGUUAGAUGGUGGCCAACGGCGAGCACUACCCGCAGCCGUUCCGCAACAACCACCUCCCGGAGGAGGAGAUUUUCCAGGGGUAGAGCAUGAUACAGCCAAGACGGAGGGUCAUGUGCGGCGCAAGUCUGACUGUGGAACGGGUACCACCAAUAAUCUCGAUAUACAAGCGCUGAAAUCUAACCAAACCAGCCGCAGCGUCGGCAACAAGCGUCACAUCCCGCCACAAGAUUUGAAGAACUCGAUAGUGGGUGUUAUGCCAAGCGGUACUGAAUACAUCCGGAUUAAGCUGAAACCGGACCAUUGCUACAGCGAUAACGGCAUUGCGGACAAUGAACGUGUCGUAGAAAAGCCGAAGGAUGGUGCCCAGGAGCUGUCGGUAUCGUCAGCCCACGAUCCGCAUCGAACACGCGCGUCCAGUAUUACACGAUCACCAUCCCCAGCAAACCAGCAUCUUCCACGGAAAAAGCGCACUUCAACGGCAUCGAAUGAAUCGGGCACGCUUGGUGGUCGGUACUAUGAUCAGCAGAUGGACCAUCCUAGCGCAUCGACCAAUUCGACACCGUCGAAACAGAAGCUUGUGCUGAAGAUGUUCAAAUCAAAACGGGACCCAAAAUCGAAAUCGCCUUCGCCGAUGGGUUCGGCCGCCGAAUGCAUUGGCCAAUCUUUCUACAGUGCUGGCAGCGGAGAACAUCAUAUAGCUGCAAGCAACAUCGGUGCAGCACGAUCGCCUGGAUCAACGGGUUUACGCUACUACGACGCACCACUUGAUGGUCAAAGUAUACACAUUCCUUUGCACACACCACCGGAAGAACGGCGGUUGGGUUCAUUUCGUAGUGCAGCUGGUGUAACGACGUCAUCGUUCGUUGAUACAGCAGCCACAGCUUGCGGUGGAGCACAAGUGUCCGUAUCUGCAUCAGGCACACCAACAGGACAUAGCAGUAUCAUUCAAAAACACGCCAAAACACCCAAACAGCAACGCAUUGCCAAUAUGACGGUUACGAUUCACGAUCGACCCAAACCGAUGCCACCGCUCAAAUGCUAUAGGAUCGACAAUCCGGACGGUAGUAUUAUAAUACCACUUAAGUCUCCGAUCGAGGAUAAGGAGAAUAGCACUCAAAAUUGGGAGAGUGUCAUCGGGGAACUGUCGCAGCGCAUUGAAAAGCAUGUUAGUGAGGAUCAAGACGAUAGUUGCAUUACAUCACCCACUGGUAAUCAGUCGGCAACGUUAACACAAAAUUAUGCCGACCCUUCAGAUCGCCGCCAUGAACCAAUCUGCAGAACGACUGCACCUCCUCCUCCGCCACCACCGCCACCGGCAUCCAGAACGAAAUCACCUAAACCUCCUGUACCUGUACCGACGGAAGCGAAAGCAUCGGUUGAUGUUGAUGUACACAAACAACAACAACACCUUCAACAUGCAACAACGUCGUCGAUAAGCACUUCCAUGCGCCAGAAACAAGCGGCCCUGUUUCAAAUGCGCAUGGGUUCUGGUAGUGAGGAGCAAAUAUUUAGCACCACGCUAAAGGAUUACUCGAAAGAGAUGAACCGCAAUAGCUCAACUGUAAGCCAAAGCUCGGAAGGAUCGAUACAGAAAGCUCCGUGCGGGUAUGAGGAUCGUAAAGACGGGAGCGACAAAUUAGUCGAUAGUGGUACUACGAAUGGUGGUGGCGGUGCCCAAACAAGGAAACAGUUGGCCGGUAAAUGUAGUGAGCAUCCAAACGACCUAGUGACAGCCGAUAGUGUAACAUCAUCAUCAUCUUCACCUCAACAGGUCAUGCAGGCGAAGGGAGCGAUGUUGAUGAAGGAACUUCAUGAGCAUCAAAAGCAGUACCAGUUAAGGCAACAACUACAACAUCAACAACAACAACAACAGCAGCAACGAGAGCAGUUACGGGACAGCAAUGUAGCAGAGAAUAGCACAGAAGCAAUUACGGAUGCAUCGGCUGCAGUAGUAUCACGUAGUAGUAGUCCUACCGAAUGUAUAAGUAGUGACGCAAAGCACCAACAGCACGACAACCACCAACAUCAACAACAAAAACACCAUCAUCAUCACAUUUAUCGUCAAAAGAACCAUAAUCAUAAUCACAUGUCAACGACCGAUCGACCAGAUUCCAGUGCCACCAUCGACGACGGCAUGGCAUCGUCAGAGAGUGAAAAGGAUUCGGAAUUUGAUUCUGCAUCGAUGAGGGCUGGUCGACAUGCUCUUCGGCCGAAUAUGCUUGCGAUCGAAGAUCACGAAAGUGCCGGUUUGGUGUUUCAGGAAUCUUUCGACGACGAACUGCCAUACAUUCCGACUACGUUGCCGGAAGAGAAACCAGUAGGCAUCAAGCUAGUGCCUGCCAAAGAACGCACGCAACAUGAUUUGAAAACGUAUCCGUUAGAGCGGCCACGUUCGACCACUCCCAUCCAUCCUGGAUCACUAGAAAAGUAUUGCCAUGAUCGGUCGGCCACUACGGCCACUACGGGCGCACGUGGAAUGGUAGAACGAGCGAACGUUGGCGGAGAUAAAGCACCAACCGUGCGUGAUUCCACAGCAAAUGGCACGGGUGUAGCGAAACUACGCAUUAGCUUACCGGUCAAGAAACCUAGCGAGAGUGGUGGAUCUGCAACUGGAUCUAGAGUGUUUGAGCAUCGAUCAUCGUUGGGUGCAAUUACCAUGACCACAACGACAGCGGGAGCAAGCACGGGAGGAACUAGUGCAACGGGCAUCGGAAUUAUGGGUAGACAGUAUCGGUCAACCUCGACGACGUCGGCAAUGAUGAUGUCCUCAAUGGUCGUCAAUAGCCGUGGUAUUACGUCAGAAGAUUCACCAACGCCGCCACCACUGCCACCGCGUAAAGCGUCUACAUCAUCAUCAUCGGUGAUCACGGCCACCCCACCAGGUCACAAAUGGAUCGACGUUGAAGCAAUACCAGAAAUGCGAAAAGCACCGAAACGUAUUACAGCAAUACCACAGAAGCAACAGCAACAAUCCCAAACACCACGAAACUCCAGCAGCGAAGGUACCGGCUACACUAUCGAUCGGAAAGAAACAGGCGCAGACGGUCAGGUGUACAACUACGUUAAUCCGGAAGACUGUCAGUGUGAAUGCCACGAUCACGAACGGACCACCGGCCAUUCAAACACAGGUGUCGUCGCUCACGAAAGUGAAAUGAUGGACUCCUCGAUCGAAUUGGCCGAAGAUUGCAGGCCACUGCUGCGGUCAUCGUCGUCCUCGCUUACGGCAGCCCCAACGGGCACAACACCAGUGGUGGACGAAUGCACUGCUGACCGGAAAGCGCCGCUAGACAGGACAAUUCCUGAAGCCGAAAGUAUGGAGAAGCACAAGCAGCAGCAGCAGCAGCAGCACCAGCAGCAACAGUAG